GAAACGGUGCGGAAGACAGAGACGCGCAUCUGACAACCGGGAGAAGAGGUUAGCGCGAGUUCAGGAUAACAUGUAGCUGAGUGUAGGCUCUGCUGGUGGACUUUUACGCUCCUCAUCUGGCCAAAAAAGGUGAAGGAGAAACCGACUGAUCGGCUUUCAAGUGCGUAACGGAGAGCAGAUCGGGUCCAUCACUUAAUGUUUGAUGGUGAUGAUCUACUCUGCUGCGCCAGAUGGGAACAAACGGAAUACACCUCGCACCUCUGCUUAUGGACUGACUUACACGCGUGGAAGUGGACUGAAGCAAUGAAGGCAGCUCGUAAUCACCAGAGAGACUGUUCUUCCACUGAAGUAUUAUAGAAAAUUAACAGCCUCACCUCUGCUUUGCUGAAACACAACUCCCUGAGGCAUCUGCUGGUUUGGCGUGUGUGCCCUUCCUUAUAACAGCAAGACAGGGAGACUUAGUGAGAGGUCUUUCAGUGGACAGUAGAUCAGCAAAUAAAACCCAAGGAAAACUCGGUGGGAUUUGAUCUCCAGCAACAAAUGGUGUAUUACUUUUGAAGCACUCAGACCAUAUAAUUUCAAGGACGAAUUUACUAGAAAAUCUGGCCAAAAUGAAGGAUAAAUCAUUUGUGGAUUAUUUUGUUCUGGCAUUUGCAAUGGCUAACUUUGUUCUUGCCGUGGAGGACAAAGGCAGUUGUCCUAAACUUUGUGUGUGUGAGAUUAGGCCAUGGUUUUCCCCCAGCUCUAUUUAUAUGGAGGCCCCUACUGUUGACUGUAAUGAUUUGGGACUUUUCAACCUACCAUUAAGAUUACCUGCUGAUACACAAGUUGUUUUACUACAGACCAAUAACAUUGCUAAAAUCGAGAAAUCUUUGGAGUACUUGCCCAAUAUAACUGAGAUUGAUCUUUCACAAAACAACCUAUCCUCAAUAAGUGACAUCAACUUGGGCCAUCUUCCUCACUUGUUGUCCCUGCACAUAGAAGAAAACUGGAUAUGCUCCUUACCAGAUAAUGCGCUUUCCCAACUUGGCAACCUUCAGGAACUUUACCUAAACCACAACCUCAUCUCCUACAUUUCUCCUGAGGCUUUCAGUGGCCUUCACAAUUUGCUUAGACUGCAUCUCAACUCGAACAGGCUCCAGAGCAUAAGCAGUGAGUGGUUUAAGUCACUGUCCAAUCUGGAUAUUCUCAUGAUUGGGGAAAACCCUGUCACUUCCAUACGGGACAUGAAUUUUAAGCCCUUGAGAAGCUUGCGAAGUCUUGUCCUAACCAGAAUGAACUUAUCCCAGAUUUCAGACAAUGCACUGGCAGGCCUGGACAAUUUGGAGAGCAUCUCAUUCUAUGACAACACUUUCCCUGAAGUUCCCCACGGUGCUCUUAAGCAUCUUAAGAACCUCAAAUUUUUGGACCUUAACAAGAACCCCAUUGGGAGAAUACAGAAGGGAGACUUCAUGGACAUGCUGCAUCUUAAAGAAUUGGGCAUCAACAGCAUGCCAGAGCUGGUGUCCAUUGACAGCUUUGCUCUCAACAACCUCCCAGAGCUGACAAAGAUUGAAGCUACCAACAAUCCAAAAUUAUCCUACAUUCAUCCCAAAGCCUUCUACAAGCUUCCUAGGCUGGAGACACUAAUGCUGAACAGUAAUGCCCUCACGGCUAUACACAGGACCACAGUGGAGUCUCUGCCCAAUCUACGUGAGGUCAGCAUGCAUUCCAACCCCAUCCGCUGUGACUGUGUGGUCCGCUGGAUGAAUAUGAAUAAAACCAACAUACGCUUCAUGGAGCCUGACUCCUUGUUUUGUGUGGAACCACCUGAGUAUGAAGGUCAGCAUGUGCGACAGAUUCACUUCAGGGAGAUGACGGAGAUCUGCCUGCCUCUUAUCUCUCAAGACAGCCUGCCUACUCAGGUCGCUGUGGGAAAUGGGAGCUCAUUGUCCCUGCAUUGCCGGGCUUUUGCUGAACCAGAGCCUGAUAUCUACUGGGUUACACCUUAUGGGAACAGGAUCCUUCCCAACAUGGUGGCAGAUAAGUUUUACAUGCAUCCUGAGGGCACACUCGACAUUUAUGACAUUACAGAGGGGGAAGCUGGACUCUACACAUGUGUGGCACACAAUCUUGUUGGUGCAGACCUGAAGUCUGUCUCCGUGGAAGUCAGUGGAUACUUUCCACAGCCUACCAGUGGCUCUCUAGAUGUCAUCAUCCAGUCUGUGCUGUCCAACUCUAUCCUGGUGUCCUGGAAAAGCUCUCAUGGCAGCCUGGCACCAAAUAUUAAGUGGUAUACAAUAUCCAAUUCCAACCAUCCAACUGUGGCCUUCACGGCCAGGGUCCCAUCUGACAUAAGGAUGUAUAAUCUCACACAUCUCACUCCGGCCACACAGUAUAAGGUGUGUGUAGACAUCCACAACAUCAACAGUAAACACAAUUCCAAGUGUGUCAAUGUAACAACAAAAGGAUUAGUGCAGCCUGCCAAGGAUAUUGAGAAGUGGGAUACAACAGUGAUCACCAUGUUAGGCGUGCUUCUCACUAUCAUCUCAGUGGCUUGCCUGCUGAUUUGUAUGUUUCUGAAAAAGUACCACUAUUAUACAGAGCUUAGGAGAUGCCCAUCCAAAACAGCAUUGAUACCAGAGGCUGGAACUCAGUCUGCAUUUACAAGGGUCUGGGUUUCUGGGAAUGGGAUGCCGGCUGCCGUGGAAGUGAAAGCUACUGUCAUAAAUGUGUUGGACAAUUCCUUCUAAGCAGCUCAUUUAGAGAACUGCAAAAACAUUUUUUCAGCCCGACAAGGCGAGAAAGGAAAACAUGCCAUUUCAAAUGUUUAUCCUUUUGCCUUGACAAACAGCAAACUAUUCAAAUGGAAGAGAUGUCUUCACAUUUAACCAGCGCUAUAUCCCCUUUUAUGACCUGUCUGAGGUGGCAGUGGAAAUGGAAAUGGAAGAGGAAAGCCAGGACCCUCUGAUAAAACAUGGAUUGCUAUAAUUCUGGUCAUUCACUGAGUGCAGAUGGUACGUUAAGCAAAGGAUGGUGGUAUUUUGUAUACAGUAAAUGACUGUUAAUCAUGUAAACAGUAGUGAAGCAGUCCUCGUGGUGAAGCAAUACCGUCUGUGCUGUACAACAUCCAUAGACGGGUUAGAGAGGCCAACUGUUUGUAAAGGGGAACAUCUAGUAGAAUAGAUAAUUAUAGUGACUAUGGUGUAAAUUUUUGAUGAAAUAUAUCUUUUUUCUAUUUAAUAGAGAAUUUUGACUACAUGGCUACUAUUGUUAUAUUCUAUCCAAAAAUGUAACAGAUCUUCUGUGCAGUAGCCAGGCAUUAAACCAGUGUGAAUUAACUACAGUAUGUAAGUAACUUGCAUAAUGACACCACACAUUUGCUGAAUUAAAAUGUUGUACAUUGUAA